AUUAUAUAUACUCACUAUAUACUUAUAUAUACUAAUUUCAUUUUGAAUUCGAUUUUCAUUAUCUAUAGCAUUAUCUAUAGAUAUUAAUUCUCUACCAUAUCUACGAAUUAAUAAGAAUUCCAAUUCUUAAUUAUAAUUAUUAUAAGAUAUCUUUAUCAUUUUAAAUAAUAAAAACAGGUAAAAAUAAAAUAGUAAAUCGAGGUACCCAUUCUAUGAUAACUCUCAACCUUCCCUCUAUUUUUGUGCCUUUAAUAGGCCUAGUAUUUCCGGCAAUUGCAAUGGCUUCUUUAUUUCUUCAUGUUCAAAAAAACAAGAUUGUGUAGAUCCGAUGGGAUCCAAUCUCAUCCAUUUUUUUUUUUUCAAACUUAGACUUGUAUCAUAACACAGAUAUCUAUUUCGUGGAAUAUGAUAUAACAUGUGGCUUCCACCGAACAUAAAACCGAACAUAAAAGAAAAGCUCUUAUGCCUGCAGAAAAUGCUAUAUGGGUAAAUGACUUUUAGCUAUUUUCAAAUAGAUCAGGAUCGCCGGAUGGCUGAAAUGUAAAGUCAGCGUAUCUAGAUGUAUGUCGAUAUCUAUAGUAGGAUCAUAUGAAAGGUCUGUUAUUAUUUUAGAUUUUAGAUCUAACCAAUUUGAUGAAUGACUCCUAAAGGUUCACAUCAAACUAGUGCUAGUUGAUGAGAGUUACUUCGGAAACAAAAAGAGUAAAGUCAAAUUCAUUUGGGGUCUUUUCUCAAUUUCAAUAAAAUACAACUGGAUCAAGUAUGAGUUGGCGAUCAGAACAUAUAUGGAUAGAACCUAUAAUGGGGUCUCGAAAAGCAAGUAAUUUCUGGUGGGCCAUUAUCCUUUUUUUAGGUUCAUUAGGAUUCUUAUUGGUUGGAACUUCUAGUUAUCUUGGUAGAAAUUUGAUAUCUUUAUUUCCGUCUCAGCAAAUUCUUUUUUUUCCACAAGGGAUCGUGAUGUCUUUCUAUGGGAUCGCCGGUCUUUUUAUUAGCUCCUAUUUGUGGUGCACAAUUUCGUGGAAUGUAGGUAGUGGUUAUGAUCGCUUCGAUAGAAAAGAAGGAAUAGUGUGUAUUUUUCGUUGGGGAUUUCCUGGAAAAAAUCGUCGCAUCUUCCUCCGAUUCCUUAUAAAAGAUAUUCAGUCUGUCAGAAUAGAAGUUAAAGAGGGUAUUUAUGCUCGUCGUGUCCUUUAUAUGGACAUCAGAGGCCAGGGGGCCAUCCCCUUGACUCGUACUGAUGAGAAUUUUACUCCACGAGAAAUUGAGCAAAAAGCUGCUGAAUUAGCAUAUUUCUUGCGUGUCCCAAUUGAAGUAUUUUGAGAAAUGAAAAUGAACUGAAGAAUGAAUGCUUUUUCAGCAGGAGGGA